GAUCAUACUAAAUUUGGCGGUUUUUCCUACUAAACACAUUUCUCUUUUAGGGUCAUUAUCGAUCUUCCAUUUAAUCCAGUAAUCCUAUAAUUUCUUUGCAGACAUUAAUGAACACACACACAAAACACACAAACUUGGUAGGCUUUUACUAAAUUUAGAAAAAACCCAAAUUCACUACAGACCUCCAUUGCCAUCUCCUCUUUCACCUCCCCCCAAUCACCGGAUCCACAAGAAACCCAGACUCUGAAAAUGGUUCCACAAUGCUCACUGAGAGAAAUCAGAGAAACCCAUUACAGGGAAAGGUAGAUUGAUAUAGACAAAUUGAGGGUUCUCGAAAGGCUUACAUUUUCCCAUGUCUCGAACCCCAAAUUACGAAUUCCAGGAAUGGUGGAACAAGGAGAAGGAGCGAAACCAUGUCCUGUUAUUGGAUAAAUCUGAGAACCCUAGUUGGUCUGCCGUCGACAUUCAUAGCCCAACAGCGGCUGUGGAGAAAGACCGCAGUAGAAGCGCUCGCCAGCUCUCUUGGGUCUGUCGUCUCAAAUUCCAACAAGCCACAAAUUGCCUUUCUUGGCUCACCAAUGGAUUCCUUUCUCUCGUCCGCACCGUUAAUCGUAGAAUCGUUUCAAAUUAUAAUUCAUCUUCGCGUAAUGGGUCUCGGUUUUAUCGAGUUAUUAAGGUCUUCAUGAUUCUCGUUUUUCUGUUGCUUGUCGUUGAGAUUUUGGCUUACUUCAAAGGAUGGCAUUUCAGUCCUCCUUCAAUGGCUUCCGAUGAGGUUCUGGGCUUGGUGGAACUUGUGUAUGCGUCUUGGUUAUCUAUUAGGGCGAAUUAUCUGGCGCCACCAUUGAAGGCUUUGUCCAAUGUUUGCAUUGUUCUAUUCUUGGUCCAGUCUGUGGAUCGAAUCGUUUUAGUGUUUGGGUGUUUCUGGAUCAAAUUACGCAGGUUGAAGCCUAUUCCAUCGAUGGAAUUCUCUGGUGAUAUCGAAAACGCAAACUCCGAGGAUUAUCCAAUGGUGCUCAUACAGAUACCCAUGUGCAACGAGAGGGAGGUUUAUCAGCAAUCAAUUGCAGCAAUAUGCAACCAGGACUGGCCAAGAAACAGAAUGCUUGUACAAGUUCUGGAUGACUCUGAUGAUCGAGAAGUUCAACUUCUUAUCAAUGCUGAAGUACUGAAAUGGCAACAAAAGGGUGUACCCAUCUUGUAUAUACACCGUCUUAUCCGCACGGGCUACAAGGCUGGGAACCUUAAAUCUGCAAUGAGCUGUGACUAUGUAAAGGAUUAUGAAUUUGUUGCAAUCUUUGAUGCAGAUUUUCAACCUGGACCAGAUUUCUUGAAGAAAACUGUUCCCUAUUUUAAGGGGAAUGAUGAUCUAGCUUUAGUCCAGACAAGGUGGGCCUUCAUAAACAAGGAUGAAAACUUGCUCACAAGGUUGCAGAAUAUAAAUUUAUCCUUCCACUUUGAGGUUGAGCAACAGGUCAAUGGUUUAUUUAUCCAUUUUUUUGGCUUCAAUGGAACUGCUGGUGUAUGGAGGAUCAAAGCUCUUGAGGAAUGUGGUGGUUGGAUGGAAAGAACAACUGUUGAAGACAUGGAUGUUGCUGUCCGUGCUCACCUUUGUGGAUGGAAGUUCAUAUACCUGAAUGAUGUAAAGUGCCUUUGUGAACUGCCGGAGUGCUAUGAGGCGUACAAGAAACAGCAGCACCGCUGGCAUUCUGGUCCAAUGCAGCUGUUCCGGUUGUGCUUCUUUGACAUCCUUCGUUCAAAGAUUAGUCGGUCAAAGAAGGCCAAUAUGAUAUUGCUUUUCUUCCUCUUGCGGAAGCUCAUCCUUCCUUUCUAUUCGUUCACUCUGUUCUGCAUAAUUCUCCCGCUGACCAUGUUCCUGCCAGAAGCUCAGCUACCAGCUUGGGUCGUGAGCUAUGUGCCUGGAAUCAUGUCCAUCUUGAAUAUUAUUCCUGCACCAAGGUCUUUCCCAUUUAUUGUUCCUUUCCUUUUAUUUGAGAACACAAUGUCUGUCACAAAAUUCAAUGCCAUGAUAUCAGGACUCUUCAAGUUUGGGAGUUCAUAUGAGUGGGUUGUCACUAAGAAGUUGGGAAGGUCAUCAGAGGGAGAUUUAAUCGCCUUCUCUGAGAGGGAAACUGAUACUCUGGUACAAACUAAUGGUCUUGGUGGGGCCUCUUCAGAAUCAGGCCUCGCAGAGCUGAACAAGUUAGAGGUGAUGAAGAAAUCUGGGAAGAGUAAGAGAAACCGUUUGUACAGGAAAGAACUUGCCCUUGCGUUUAUUUUGUUGAGUGCUUCGGUGAGGAGCUUGUUAUCUGAACAGGGGAUUCAUUUCUAUUUCUUAUUGUUUCAAGGGAUCACAUUCCUUGUUGUUGGUCUAGAUUUGAUCGGAGAGCAGGUUAGUUGACAUUAGUGACUGUUUUCUUAGUUGUGGAAGCUUUUCGAGGUUGGCUCAUUUAAGUGGUACUCCAUGGAGAUUGAAGUCUAUGAUUAUAGGUAACAUUGACCACAGCCUUCACAUCUAUCAUUGAAGUUCCAAUAAUCAGAGCCUCUGCUGUUCAUACAUUCUCUAGUUUUAGUCAACACUCAUGAAAAUCCCUGGGUACAUGAUCCUGUAUUUCCAGCAAUUGUCUGCUCAUUUAGACAUUCUAUUUUUAAUUAGCAGAGAAAUGGCUAUAUGUUGUUUUUUGCGGAAUCACUUGGCUCUGUUAAUUGUGUCUCAACAAUGGGAAAGAGGCUGUGGAAACCCUAUGAGUGGUCAGAUGUUUUGUGCUCAGCCAAUUCUGUAAUUUUCUGUACAUUAGGUAGCUGUUUCAGAUGAGGCAUCCUUAGAUUUUUUGAAUAUGUAAUUCUUUUGCUGUAAUUGAACGAUUCAAUUAUAUUUAUUGUUUCUUAUAUGCAAAUAUACAAUCAUAUUUAUUGUUA